CAUCGUCGCUUCAUUGCGCCAUGUCGUUCAUACCAUAUUGUCUUGUAGCAUCUGCUACCCCGAAACGAGACAAAAGUAUCGUUAGUUCAUUCGUGUGACCGUAAUCAAUUUCGCUAUGUCAACGAGAACGUCGCCCAUAUUGAUUCUUUUCAUUUCUUUUCUACCAUUUGUGUUUUGUCAAACGCCAAUGGAUUUGAUGGUCGUAAUAGAAGAAGCCGAUUCGCCUAUAUUGAGUAUAUUAAAUGACGCGGUUCCAGAGGCAGAACGAAAUUUCGCUAAUGAUAUGAUUACUGUUCAUGUUUCUAUCGUUACAGUAAAUCGCGAGAAUGUAGAUGCAAGUUUCGAGAAAGUUUGUGCCAUCCUAUAUAAAGGAAUAAGUAUCAUAUUGGAUAUGACGUGGACCGGUUGGGACAAACUACGAAAUGUCGCAGAUGAAAGAGGAAUAAUAUAUAAACGUGGUGAUUGCAGUAUAAGUCCAUAUGUUCAAGCGAUUGAUGAUCUUUUAAUUAUGAAAAAUGCAACGGACGUCGGUUUAAUUUUUGAAGAUGAAAGAGAGCUAAAUCAGAGUCUUUAUUAUCUUAUUGGAAAUUCGAUAAUUAGAUUGGUAGUCAUCGACGAAUUGACAGAAAGAACUGUAGCAAAAAUACGGAGUAUGCGACCGUCACCAUCUUAUUAUGUUAUUUACGCUAGUACACAAAAAAUGGAAGAAUUAUUUAAAACGGCUAUUGGGGGAGGUCUCGUUAAAAGAGAGGGUAUUUGGAAUUUAGUAUUUACAGACAAUAAUUAUCACGAAUUUCGAUAUAUUACCGGUGACCUUCAAUUAAAUGUUUCAUUCACUAUCCUUAAUAUGAAGUCUGACAUUUGUUGUCGUUUAAUGGGCGAAACCUCUUGCAACUGCCUUGCAAAUUUUAAGAUAUUUCCACAUUAUUUCAAACGUUUGAUCGGCUUGAUCGUAAGCUUGAUGAGCGAUGUUCAAAGGACAGGUGUAAGUGUAACUCCAAAGACAGGUCAAUGUGGCAAGUCUGUUAGUCCUACUUCAGUUUCGAACAUUACAGUAGAAACAUUCAACAAAAUUUUGAUGACAAGAUUGGACAGUAACGACACUUUCGAAUAUUGGUCAGAAAAGGCAAUGAUUACCUACAAAGCAGAGAUUGAAUUACAAAUAGUUAAUCAUGGUUUUGUAGACGCGCUGGCAACUUGGACAAGACGUACAAAAAUUAAAGAAGCAGAGGGAAAGAAAAUAGAACCAGCCAGGCGAUUCUUCCGGAUUGGAACGGCACCGGCAGUUCCGUGGUCUGUAAUAAAAAAGAAUCCAGUUACGGGUCAAGAAAUGCGUAACGAAGACGGAAAGGAAAUCUGGGAAGGUUACUGUAUAGACUUCGUAAAAAAGUUAUCCGAGGAAAUGCAGUUCGAUUAUGAUCUUAUUAUCCCCGAAGAUCAAGAAUUUGGCAAAAAAUUACCUAAUGGUGAAUGGAGCGGUCUGAUAGGUGAUCUAGCUAAAGGACGCAAUUUUAGUUGCUAUCUUUAAUUCAAGACAUCUGUAAUUAAAUGGAUAAUUAAUGUUAGCUUAUAUUUUCAAGUAAUGAGAAAACCAGUGCGUAAAACGUCUCUAUUUAAAUUUAUGACGGUAUUGAGACUUGAAGUCUGGCUUAGUAUCGUAGGAGCUUUAACUUUGACCGGCAUUAUGAUUUGGAUAUUAGAUAAAUAUUCACCAUAUAGUGCGAGAAACAAUAAACGACUUUAUCCCUAUCCUUGCCGAGAAUUUACAUUGAAAGAGAGCUUUUGGUUUGCACUGACAUCUUUUACGCCGCAGGGUGGUGGCGAAGCUCCAAAAGCGUUAUCAAGCAGGACUCUGGUUGCAGCUUAUUGGCUAUUCGUUGUACUAAUGCUCGCGACUUUUACCGCAAAUUUAGCUGCUUUUCUUACCGUGGAAAGAAUGCAAUCACCUGUACAGUCGUUGGAGCAAUUGGCAAGACAAUCACGUAUAAAUUAUACCGUUCUGGCCAAUUCUAGUGCUCAUCAGUAUUUCAUAAACAUGAAAAAUGCGGAGGAUAAACUUUAUACAGUGUGGAAGGAAAUUACUCUAAAUAGUACCAGCGAUCAAAUAGAAUACCGUGUCUGGGAUUAUCCGAUAAAGGAACAAUACGGUCAUAUUCUUCAAGCCAUUACUCAAGUCGGACCGGUCAAGACUACUGAAGAUGGUUUUAAGAAGGUGAUAGAAAGCGAAAAUGCUGAAUUUGCGUUUAUUCAUGAUUCAUCGGAGAUAAAAUACGAAGUAACGAAGAACUGCAAUUUAACAGAAGUGGGCGAUGUAUUCGCCGAGCAACCGUAUGCCAUUGCUGUGCAGCAGGGCAGUCAUUUGCAGGAAGAAAUAAGCAGAAAAAUACUCGAUUUACAAAAAGACAGAUAUUUUGAGACGUUGGCAGCCAAGUACUGGAAUCAGACGUUGAAAUCACAAUGUCCAAAUUCUGAUGACAACGAGGGAAUUACAUUGGAGAGUUUAGGAGGUGUAUUUAUUGCGACUCUGUUUGGAUUGGCAUUGGCGAUGAUCACUCUGGCCGGUGAGGUUCUUUAUUAUCGUAAGCGUAAUAAUUCUCAAAAAGGGAAGCCGAAUAACAAAAGGACGACCAAAGAUACUGAAAAUGAUAGAAUCAUCAUGCAAAAAAUCGCUUCAAAACUUCGAUUGAAACCUGCGCCUACUGACGCAGUUUUUAGCAAAGAACUUAGUCAUACGCCGCGCGUUUCACACAUUUCUGUUUAUCCACGACAUUUCUCCUUUAAAGACUAAAUUUUUGACGACGUUUUAUCAUAUUACGGACAUGCAAAUCUUAUUUCUGAUUAAUCUCUAUGUAUUUUUCAAUGUUUUCUUCCUUUCAAUCACGUUUAAUAUUUAGAAUUUAUCACAAAAUUCAAAAAGUAGUUUAAGAUAAAUGAAUCGCAUACUGUAAUUGUAAUUAAUGUAUUUGUUCACUUAAUCAUAUUCCGACAAUAUUGUUCCAUUAUAAGAUCAUUAUUAGUUAAUAAAAUAUCGUGCAGAAUUAAA